CUUUGGUUCCUAAUUCCUUCAAUCAAACAUGAUGAAGACAAAAAUCGUAGAAUGUGUCCCGAACUUUUCUGAAGGGCAAAAUCAAGAAGUUAUUGAUGCAAUUUCAAAUGCAAUAAAAUCAACUGCGGGAGUUUCUUUGCUGGAUGUUGAUCCCGGGCCAUCGACUAACAGAACGGUUUAUACUUUUGUCGGCUCUCCAGAUGCUGUCAUAGAAGGAGCUCUGAAUGCUGCUCGAAUUGCCAAUAAUUUGAUUGAUAUGGCUAAACAUCGAGGCGAACAUCCUCGCUUGGGAGCUCUUGAUGUUUGUCCCUUCAUUCCAGUUCAGGGUGUUGAAAUGGAGGAAUGUAUAUACUGUGCUCGAAAAUUUGCUGAAAAGUUAGCAGCAGAACUCAAAGUACCAGUAUAUUUAUAUGGUUAUGCAUCAGAAGUGGAGCAUAGGAAGACUGUUCCUCAAAUAAGAGCAGGGGAAUAUGAAGGAUUAUUAGAAAAGAUUGUAAAACCAGAAUGGAAGCCAGAUUUUGGACCUGCUGAAUUCAUUCCAAACUGGGGUGCUACAAUGGCUGGUGCUAGGAAAUUCCUCAUUGCAUAUAAUGUGAAUGUUUUGGGUACGAAAGAGCAAGCUCACAGAAUAGCAUUAGACAUUAGAGAGCAGGGACGAAACAAAGAUGAGCCUGGAAAGCUAAAGAAAUGUCAAGCAAUUGGUUGGUGGCUAGAUGAAGCAAAUAUUGCUCAAGUAUCCAUAAAUCUCACUGAUCAUGAUGUUACUCCUAUUCAUACUGCAUAUGAAGAAGUUUGUAAAGGGGCCAAAGACCUGAAACUGGCUGUCACUGGAUCACAAAUUGUUGGUGUUGUACCUUUAAAAGCAAUGCUGCAAGCUGCAGAGUUUUAUGUACAUAAGGAAAACCUUUUUGUUUUAGAAGAGGAUCAAAAAUUACAUUUGGCAAUUCACAGAUUAGGUCUGAAUUCCUUGGGUCCUUUUAAUCCAAAAGAAAGAAUUAUUGAAUAUAUGUUGCCAGAUAGUGAUGUAAAUUCUUUAACAAGUAAGACAGUUGAUGACUUCGUCAAAACAGUUGCUGCUAGAACACCAGCUCCUGGUGGCGGUUCAGUUGCUGCUGCUGUUGCCGCCAUGGGAUCUGCAUUAUCAUGUAUGGUUGGCCAAAUGACUUACGGCAAACGUCAAUGGGAAAGAUAUGAUUCUCAGAUGAGGAGAAUCAUUCCUAUUAUGUAUGACACAAUGAAAGAAUUGAUGAAUUUGAUUGAUGCAGAUACAUCAGCUUUUAAUGAUUACAUGGCUGCUUUAAAAUUGCCAAAAGAAACACCUGAAGAUCUAGCUAUGAGAGAAACUGCAAUGGAGGCAGGACUGAAGAAAGCAAUAACUGUACCCAUGUCUUUAGCAAAACAUGUUAGCAAGUUGUGGGAACCUCUCAAAGAGCUUGCUGCUGUUGGAAAUUUUGGCACAAAGUCUGAUUUGCAGGUUGGAGUUCGUUGUUUGGAAACUGGUGUCCUUGGUGCUUAUUACAAUGUUACCAUAAAUGCUGAAGGCAUCAAAGAUGAAAAAUACAAAAAUGGGGUCCUGAAUGAAAUAGAGCAAUACAGAUUACUUGCGGAUAGAGGUUGCCAAGAAGCUUUGCAAAUUUUACAAGAAAGAAGAGCUUAAAUAACA